UUAUGGCAGAUUGUCCACACACAAUAGGUGUCGAGUUUGGUACCCGAAUUAUUGAGGUCGCAGGCCAGAAGAUUAAGUUACAGAUUUGGGAUACUGCCGGGCAAGAGCGGUUUAGAGCUGUCACCAGGUCUUACUAUCGAGGUGCCGCUGGAGCCUUGAUGGUGUAUGACAUCACUAGGCGAUCCACUUAUAAUCAUCUUAGUUCAUGGCUGACAGAUGCCCGCAACCUUACCAACCCCAACACUGUCAUAUUCCUCAUCGGUAAUAAAGCUGAUUUAGAUGCGCAGAGAGAUGUAACCUAUGAAGAAGCAAAGCAGUUUGCAGAAGAAAAUGGACUAAUGUUUGUGGAAGCGAGUGCAAAAACUGGAGAGAAUGUGGAGGAAGCCUUCUUGGAGACUGCAAAGAAGAUUUACCAAAAUAUACAGGAUGGCAGUUUGGACUUGAAUGCAGCAGAAUCAGGUGUUCAGCAUAAGCCAACACAGCCAGGUAGAACUAACCUGAACAGUGAUUCACAGCCCAAUCGUGAUAACUGUUCCUGCUAAACUUCGCCCUCCAUAAAAAAAUCAUGGUGCGGUUUGCUUGAAGGAGGUGACAGACAGAUUAGAAAACUGUGUCUCGCCUCUUUGUUUUGUAAGAUGUAAAUGGGAAUUUUGUCUUUUCUACAAGAAGUAAGGAAGGCUUCUUCUCUGUUUUCAUAAUGAUGUGAGACAGUUGGAGGUACUUCAUAUGAGAGAUUCAACAACAUAGAAUACCCAACCAAAAUUUAUGAUUGGCUCAAAAUGGCAGCAUUAAAGUUCACUUUCAAUUUUACUCUAAAGGCAGAGAAAAUCAGUGAGUGUCAAGAGCUCAAGUAAUCCUUAAAACGGCUAGAUUACUUCUUGCACAUUUCAGUAGAGCAAAGUUGCUUGUGCUCUUGAUGGAAAGAACUACCUUGUGAUAAUAAAAUCUGCCAGUGAUUACUCAGAAAAAAAUGAUUGAUGAUGCUAAACCCUCCCUCAUUAUAGAAUACGAAUGUUAUGAAGAAUGGAAAUUUUGUGAUUGGAACUUGUGUGGGGCUUGUCAUUGGAAUUGCUCCCAAUUUGUGAUUUGGUUAUCUUCUUAGGAAGAUUGACAGGUGUUUUUAUCAGGAUACCAGAUUGUGGAAAAUGUGAUGUAGUAAUAUCUCAUUAAUUUUUAAGUACUGUCCGUGUAUUCCAGUGAUAGAAAUUUAUUGCUAGACAGAUAAUGAUAUAUCAGAAAAAAGACAGGUUUUAUAUACCAAAUAAAGAUACACUUCAGUCACCUUCAUAUCUUUCAGGCCUUCUGUGGAGAAAUUAUUAGUUUGUGCUGUAUGUAGUACUUGGAUAAGAUCAUCUAUCAUAUCUCUUUAAGUGGAAAAAGUUUAAUAAAUAUUUUAAGUACUAUAUAUACCACAGUGUCAGAGAUUACACUAGUUUUGCAAUGUAUCCUAAGUUGCUCACAGACAAGGCUGCUGAUAAACUGAAUAACUUUGUGUACAAGGGUUUACAUAAGUGCUGCUUGCAAGACCAUGGGAAGUAAACUUUACAUUUGCAUUUUUACGAUAAAAAGAAAUCAUGUUUAUUAUUAGUCAAUUAUUAGCUUUUUAAUAGUAUUCUUUAUUAUAGUUAUUGCAAUUUAUCAUGCUAAUAAGCAGUCCAGGUUACAGUUUAUUUUUUAUGUUUCAUAAGUUUAUUGUUAGUAUAAAAAACAAAAGUAGAUUAUAACAAUAUACAUCAUCCAUAUCAUAGGUUCUAUAAUUAAUGGUGAUUAAAAAAAAAAAACUUUUGGAAUAUUCAGGACUGAUGUAGUUUCUUUAUUAAGACCUGAUGUGUGAGUUCACAUUGCGAGUUUGCAAUGUUUGACGGGCAACCUCAUCGUUGUAAGAAAAUCCAUUUUAUAUGUACAUUUACCAGUCCCCUUGUGGGCAUUGCUAACAUUCAACUAACAGCUUGCAGUAUCUAGAACACUUGAAGUGUGGUUUGUUGAAAGACACUUAGGUUAUGCAUGUUAAUCAAGCUGCUGACAUUGUGGAGAUAAUCUUGCCAAUUGUAACAGACCAGCACGUCUGUUGUUUCCAGUAUGAUCAAGAUUACUCAGGAAGGUUUGUGGACAAAAAGUUUAAUUUGGGGAACAUACAUAUUACUUUGUUAUUGUAAUUUUGCUUGUAUUUUUUAUAUUUUAACAUUGCUACAAUUAUUUGUUCAUGUUCCCAUGUUUGAGUUCAUUAUUUUUUACAACUAAAAUUACAUUUACUC